UCUAGUUCAUAUAACUCGGCAAGGAGUCAUGUGAAAAAGAGGCCUUAUACAAAGGUUACAUUCAUUUUUAUACAUAUAAUAAAGUAGGUGGAGUCUUGUCGUUUUGGUCUUCUGACUGGUCACAAAGAGUUGGAGGCGGGCCUUGCUCUAGCCAGAGCGGGCCCCAUUGGUGCAUAGCAGAGUCUUGUUCUCUGAGCUCCCUGACCAGAUAGAGAUGGGGGGUAAGGUGUGUGUGUUCAUGCAAGAAGGUAUUUGUGUGUCAGGAAAUCUGAUACAGGAGAGCAGAGGGGGUCGGUUUUAUGGCUGGGUGUAUGUGUUCUUGCGAUGGAAUGUAUUUGUUUCCUGGGGUGGUAAGACAACAGAGCUGAGGGGAUAGUGUUAGGGGGGGUAGUUUUAUUGCAGGGAGAGUGACCUGGUUCCUGUUUUAGCAGGGGUACGUGAAAUGACUUGAGUCAGGCGGAUUAGCUUAGCGCUGUAUAAUAUAUAAGCUAUGUGUAUGAAUAUUUAUAUAACACUUAUCAGAAGCUUCUAAAGGCAUGACAAUUUUCUGGAAUGUUCCAAGCUGUUUAAAGGCACAGUCAACUGAGUGUAUGUACACUUCUGACCCACUGGAAUUGUGAUACACACUGCUUGUGGAGAUCCAUGGCUCUUAUGGGAGGUCUUCUCCUCCAGGCUCCCAGCACGGUGACACUGCUGGGGGCUGUUCUGUUUCUGCUGGUCCUCUACCUCUUCUUCUCUGGUUCCAGCUCUGAGGAACAGGGAAGGAGCCUCCAGGACCGAGGCCGCUGCCCCUGCUUGGCAAUAUGCUGGACCUCAAGAAGCCCUAUCACUCUCUCUGUGAGCUCUCCAAGAAAUAUGGUUCCAUCUUCACGGUUCACUUUGGACCCAAGAAAGUGGUUGUUCUGGCAGGAUACAAGACGGUCAAGCAGGUGCUGGUCAACCAGGCAGAGGACUUUGGGGACAGGGACAUCACUCCUGUGUUCUAUGAUAUAAACCAAGGACAUGGAAUCUGGCCAUAUGGAUUCUCUCUACCAUGACAACAACCUGACAUUUAGUGUUGGUAACCUGUUUGGUGCUGGUACCGACACCACCGGGACAACCCUGCACAGGGGUCUGCUGCUAAUGGCCAAGUACCCCCCAUAUUCAGGGUAAGUCUUGAUAUAAACACAAACGCACACACACACAUAUUCACUGAGCCAAAACACUGAGGCACUCAUGAUGUUACAAGUUGUAAACAUUGGCAAAUGGCUAACUUGAAGCAGAGGUUAUGAAACUAGUGUAGGAUGGCUGGGUUAAUAAAGUUAAACAUUAACUCAGGUUUAUAAGUUUCACUGCAGUAACUCCAAAUCCUUUCUGUCUCAGACCGGGUCCUGGAGGAGAUCAGCAGGGUUAUAGGAAGUCGUCAGCCCUUAGCAGAGGACAAUCUACACACAAUACCCCAUAUUUUGUAAAGUUCUACUGAGCAAUAUCGAUGCAACACUUUGUUAUGAAUGAGUGAGAUGCAGAUUCUGCAUGAAGUCUUCAUACCUCCAGGGUUUGCUUUCGGACGAGGAAUGAGUCAACAAAGCCUCUACACAUAUGAGGGUUCAGAGUCUCCUUCAGGCCCCUCACCAGCUCUGUCACCAGCAUCUUCAUAUCAGCAACAUUUUUCUUCAGCCGCGUCAGGUUCUUAAUCCACGGACCCAACCAGGGAAACAUGUUGUACAUAUAUACAGAGAUACAGGUAGAAUAUGCAUAAAACUCUAUUUUAAUAUCUGCUUAAAUAACUGACUUAAAACAUUAUUACAUAUAACAACAUAUUAUACACACCAGAUAUGUAACGAUGUGCGCUGAGAGUUGGGAAGCAAGUUCAGGGAGUCAGUGUUUAAAUAAAUAAAAGCAACACAAAACAAGAAACACGAACAAUAAACAGACUUAAAACUGGAACAGAAACAAUAAUGCCUGGGGAAAAACCCAAAGUGAGUGACGUGUAUAUAUAUAUAUAUAUAUAUAUAUAUAGGGAAGGUAAUCAGGGAGGUGAUGGAGUGAGGGGGGGCUGAUGAUGCGCUGGUGCGCCCGUAACGAUGGUGACAAGAUAACUAUAGCUAUAUAUUAAAUAUAUACAUAUAUAUUAAAUUACAAGUACAUUUUAUAAAUAAACUAAAUGAAAUACAUAUGUAAUUAUAUUUUAUGUAUAAGUAGUCUAGAGGUUAGACCAUCGGGCCAGUAACCGCAAGUUCGCUGGUGCAGGGACCGACGCUGGAGUAGAGAAGCAGGUACAGGGAGUCAACAUUUAAUGAGGAACAGACAUGGAACAGGACACGAGCAGCAUCAGAACCGGGUAAUACACAGACGUAAGACAAUCAAUGCAGCAGUGAGGAACAGAGCAGGGAACUAACACAUAUAGGGGAGGUAAUAAACAGGUGAUUGAGUCCAGGUGAGUCCAAUAAAUCGCUGUUGCACGUUUCGCUGGAAGGCAGGUGUGUGUAAUGAUGGUGGCAGGAGUGCGUAAUGCAGGGCAGCCUGGCGCCCUCUAGCACCAGGGGGGAAGAGCGGGGGCAGGUGUGACAGCUGGUUCGAGCACUCAACACUACUUUGCUCCAGAAGUGCUGUACUACUAUGGCUGACCCUGUAAAACAACACAUUUCACUGCACAUAUCUGGUGUCUGUGACAAUAAAACACACACACACAUAUACAGUCGUGGCCAAAUGUUUUGAGAAUGACACAAAUAUGAAUUUUCACAAAGUUCGCUGCUUCAGUGUCUUUAGAUAGUUACUAUAGAAUACUGAAGUAUAAUUACAAGCAUUUCAUAUUACAUAAAAUUGAUGCAAUAGUCAAUAUUUGCAGUGUUGACCCUUCUUUUUCAAGACCUGUGCAAUCCGUCCAGGCAUGCUGUCAAUUAACUUCUGGGCCACAUCCUGACUGAUGGCAGCCCAUUCUUACAUAAUCAAUGCUUGGAAUUUGUGGGGUUUUGUUUGUCUACCCGCCUCUUGAGGAUUGACCACAAGUACUCAAUGGAAUUAAGGUCUGGGGAGUUUCUUGGCCAUGGACCCAAAAUAUCAAUGUUUUGUUACCCAAGCCACUUAGUUACCACUUUUGCCUUAUGGCAAGGUGCUCCAUCAUGCUGGAAAAGGCAUUGUUCAUCACCAAACUGUUCCUGGAUGGUUGGGAGAAGUUGCUCUCGUGGUGUGAGUGAGCCCACUCCCUUGGCUGAGAAGCAACCCCACACAUGAAUGGUCUCAGGAUGCUUUACUGUUGGCAUGACACAGGACUGAUGGUAGCGCUCACCUUGUCUUCUCUGGACAAGCUUUUUUCCGGAUGCCCUAAACAAUCGGAAAGGGGAUUCAUCAGAGAAAAUGACUUUACCCCAGUCCUCAGCAGUCCAAUCCCUGUACCUUUUUCAGAAUAUCAGUCUGUCCCUGAUGUUUUUCAUGGAGAGAAGUGGCUUCUUUGCUGCCCUUCUUGACACCAGGCCAUCCUCCAAAAGUCUUCGCCUCACUGUGCGUGCAGAUGCACUCACACCUGCCUGCUGCCAUUCCUGACCAAGCUCUGUACUGGUGGUGCCCCGAUCCCGCAGCUGAAUCAACUUUAGGAGAUGGUCCUGGCGCUUUCUGGACUUUCUUGUGCUCCCUGAAGCCUUCUUCACAAGAAUUGAACCGCUCUCCUUGAAGUUCUUGAUGAUCCGAUAAAUGGUUGAUUUAUGUGCAAUCUUACUGGCAGCUAUAUCCUUGCAUGUGAAGUCCUUUUAGUGCAAAGCAAUGAUGACUGCACGUGUUUCCUUGCAGGUAACCAUGGUUGACAGAGGAAGAACCAUGAUUCCAAGCACCACCCUCCUUUUGAUGCUUCCAGUCUGUUAUUCAAACUCAAUCAGCAUGACAGAGGGAUCUCCAGCCUUGUCCUCGUCAACACUCACACCUGUGUUAACGAGAGAAUCACUGACAUGAUGUCAGCUGGUCCUUUUGUGGCAGGGCUGAAGUGCAGUAAAAUGUUUUUGGGGGAUUCAGUUCAUUUAUAUGGCGAAGAGGAACUUUGCAAUUAAUUGCAAUUCAUCUGAUUGCUCUUCAUAACAUUCUGGAAUAUAAGCAAAUUGCCAUCAUACAAACUGAGGCAGCAGACUGUGAAAAUGAAUAUUUGUGUCUUUCUCAAAACUUUUGGCCACGACUGUAUAUAUACACACACACACACACACACACACACACACACACACACACACACACACACACACACACACACACACAUACACAGUGGGUUGGCAAAUAAUUCAGACAACUUGUCUUCUUGUACAUUUUGUUACUUAACAGCCUUAUUCUAAAAUUGAUUAAAUAAAACAAAUCCUCAGAAAUCUACACACAAUACCCCAUAAAUAUCUGAAAUCCCUUAUUUACAUUAGUAUUCAAACCUUUUGCUAUGAGACACAAAAUUGAGUUCAGGUGCAUCAUGUUUCCAUUGCUCAUCCUUGAGAUGUUUCUACAACUUGAUUGGAGUCCAUCUGUGGUCAAUUCAAUUGAAUGGACAUGAUUUGGAAAGGCACAAACCUGUCUAUAUAAGGGCCCACAGUUUGCAGUUCAUGUACCAAGUCAUGAGGUCAAAGGAAUUUGAUCAAAGGAUUUAGUCCGUAGAGUGCCGAGACAGGAUUGUGUCGAGGCACAGAUCUUGGGACGAGUACCAAAACAUUUCUGCUACAUUGAAGGUAUACAAGAACACAGUGGCCUCCAUCAUUCAUAAAUGGAAGAAGUUUGGAACCACUAAGACUCUUACUAGAGCUGGCCACUUGGCCAAACUGAGUAAUUGGCAGAGAAGGGCCUUGGUCACCUCCCUGACCAAGAACCCAAUUGUCACUCUGACAGAGCUCUAGAGUUACUCUGUGGAGAUGGGAGAACCUUCCAGGAGGACAACCAUCUCUGCACCACUCCAUCAAUCAAGCCUUUAUGGUAAACUGGCCCAAUGGAAGCCACUCCUCAGUAAAAGGCACAUGACAGCCCACUUGGAGUUUGCCAAAAGGCACCUAUGACUCUCAGACCAUGAGAAACAAGAUUCUCUGGUCUGAUGAUACCAAGAUUGCCAUGAAUGCCAAGCGAUACGUCUGGAGGAAACCUGGCACCAUCCCUACGUUGAAGCAUGGUGAUGGCAGCAUCAUGCUGUGGGGAUGUUUUUCAGAGGCAGGGACUGGGAGACUAGUCAGGAUCAAGGAAAAGAUGAACGGAGCAAAGUACAGAGAGAUCCUUGAUGAAAACCUGCUCCAGAGAGCUCAGGACAUCAGAUUGGGGCGAACAAUGACCCUAAGCAAACAGCCAAGACAACCUAGGAGUGGCUUCGGGACAAGUCUCUGAAUAUUCUUGAGUGGCCCAGCCAGAGCCCGGACUUGAUCCCGAUCAAACAUCUCUGGAGGGACCUGAAAAUAGCUGUGCAGCAACGCUCCCAUCCAACCUGAAAAAUCUUGAGAAUUUGUUUAUUUAAAAAAUAUAUAUUUUUAACCUUUAUUUUACUAGGCAAGUCAGUUAUGAACAAAUUCUUAUUUACAAUGACAGCCUAGGAACAGUGGGUUAACUGCCUGUUCAGGGACAGAACGACAGAUUUGUACCUUGACAGCUCGGGGGUUUGAACUUGCAACCUUCCGGUUACUAGUCCAACACUCUAACCACUAGGCUACCAUGCUCCCCAUAUAACCUGACAGAGCUUGAGAGGAUCUCCAGAGAAGAAUGGGAGAAACACCCCAAUACAGGUGUGCCAUACCCAAAAAACUCAAUGUCUGCCAAAGGUGCUUCAACAAAGUACUGAGUAAAGGGUCUGAAUACUUACAUAAAUUGUAUAUUUCCAUUUUUUUAAUUUGUAAUACAUUUGCUAAAAUAAUGAAAAUAAAUGGGGCUUUUGUGGGGUAUUGUCUGUAAAUUGAUGAGGGGAAAAAAACGAUUUAAUACAUUUUAGUGGCUGUUUUUUAUUUAUUUUUUAUUUCACCUUUAUUUAACCAGGUAGGCUAGUUGAGAACAAGUUCUCAUUUGCAACUGCGACCUGGCCAAGAUAAAGCAUAGCAGUGUGAACAGACAACACAGAGUUACACAUGGAGUAAACAAUUAACAAGUCAAUAAUACAGUAGAAAAAAGGAGAGUCUAUAUACAUUGUGUGCAAAAGGCAUGAGGAGGUAGGCGAAUAAUUACAAUUUUGCAGAUUAACACUGGAGUGAUAAAUGAUCAGAUGGUCAUGUACA